AUGUCAGCACGUUUCCGCGGCGCUACGCUUACUGGUAGCAGCGAGUGGUUCCGCCGAGAGGAGAACAGCACCCAUCUUUUGGCUCUGAAACCCUCCCAAUCGGCUGAUUGCCACUCAUCUAGUGAAAUUGAUGAUCAACCCGGGGUUGAUCUUAGCAAGGCUGAAGUCUCCGAGCAGGAGAGGGAACAGUUGCGUGCAUUCUUUCACUCGUUCCGAGAUCGCAUCUCUCAUAGCUCUUAUGACUUAGGCUCCUAUGAUACCGACAUGAUCCACAUAAAAACCAUUACGGAAACCCCACCCACGCGAUUUCGACCGACACGCAUUCCCGUCAAAUUUCAAAAAGAAUUGGAUGACCACAUUAAUAACUUGCUUAGGGCCGGCAGAAUUAAGGAGAGUGACACACCUUGGGUUCAUAAUACAGUUCUGGUCAAGAAACGAGAUGGGUCUCUUAGAGUCUGCUUAGAUUUUCGCCCAUUGAACGCGAUAACUAUUCCGGACCAUUAUCCCUUGCCCCGGAUAGAGGACAUACUCACUAAGAUAGCAGGGAACAAAUACUAUACAUCCCUGGACUUGGCGUCAGGCUAUAUGCAGUUACUACUGUCACCUGAAAGCCAAGCCAAGUGCGGGUGGGCAACUCAUAGGGGAAUUUAUCAGUUUGUCUAUCUCCCUUUUGGACUUAAGAACGCUGGUGCGUACUUCUCUCGGGCUAUGUCGCGAAUUUUAGCCGGAUUGGAAGAAAAUUGUUUGGCCUACCUAGAUGAUAUAGUAGUAUUCGACAAAGACUUUCCGAGUCAUCUCAAUUCUCUUCGGAAAGUAUUCCAAAGGUUUCGUGAUUUCAACAUAAAAGUAUCCGGUAAGAAGCUCGUCGACAUAGCGCGGUCGCGAGUCACCUUUUUGGGCCAUGAGAUCUCUGGGGAUAGUUACUAUCCAUCUGAUCGUAACAUCCAGGCAAUCAAAAAUAUGCCACCCCCCACAUCGGUCAAAGAAGUCAAGCGUUUCCUUGGGAUGGCAAAUUUCUUUCGCAAAUUCAUACCAAAUUUUGCGUCUAUUGCAGCCCCACUUUAUGAACUCACAAAAGAUAAGGUUAAGUUCAUGUGGACGGAUAAACAGCAGACAGCCUUCCAAGACUUGCGUGAUAAAUUAACGGCAAAACCCUGCCUGGCCUUCCCGCAAGAUAAGGAUUUCCUUAUGCAUACUGAUGGGAGUCAAAUCGCGGUAGGGGCCGCUUUGUUUCAGCAAGCGCCGCAUGACGCCAAAUCUUUAGUCGCGGUCGGGUACUUUAGUAAAGCCCUAUCAGAGUCACAACAGAAGUGGAGUCCCACGCACAUUGAGCUCUUUGCGAUGAUUAGUGCCUUACGGUUCUUCAAGGCCACCAUUUAUGGGCAUCUCACAAGGAUAUUCUCAGAUCAUCGCCCUUUAACCUUUUUGCUUAAGCAUAAUAGGACCCACGAUAAUCUCACCCGUUGGGUCGUUGAGCUCCAAAGUUAUAAUGUUACCAUCGAAUAUCUGAAAGGCUCUUCCAACGUAGUGGCCGACUGCCUCUCUAGAUUUGUGAAUCCUUCGUUUCGCUUCCAAGAUAACACUUCCGAGUCUAACGAUAUCAUCGAAUUUCCUAAUUGUCUCAUAUUACAAACUUUCCAGCCUCUUCCCGCUUGUCUAGCUCCACUUUGUGCCACCACUCCUAUUGCCAUAAAACCGUAUAACGCGCUUCUCGAACAAAAAGCUGAUCCGCUCUGUAAUUCUAUAAUAAUAUUCUUAGAAACCAAUAAGUUCCCUGAUUCUGUAGCUGAAGCUGACAAAGCAGCUCUACUGAAACUAGUUGAAAGUUGCCGCUUACGUUCUAAUGGCUGUUUGUAUCACGUAGCUAAAUCUCCCUACAAUCCACAAACCACAAUUGAGCAGCUUUUUGUCCCCGAAAAGUUACGCGAACCCAUAUUCCUGGCUAUGCACUCGAGCACCACCGCUGGCGGCCAUUUCAACUGGCAGAAAACGUUAGCUAAGAUCUCCCGUAAAUAUUUUUGGCCGCACAUGUCCGAACAGAUUUAUGCUCUUACUAAGUCUUGUGAUCUGUGUCAAAGAAAACGAGCGCAGGCUCUCAACCAAGAGCAAUUGUUGCCCGUAGUUCCAUCGGCCAUUUUCGACAAAGUUUAUAUGGAUUUGACGGGCCCGCUAACAACAUCGGAAUCAGGCAACAAAUAUGUGCUAGCCUUGAUAGAUCAUUUUUCCAAGUAUGUUAUCGUGGCGCCUUUGCCUGACUGCACGGCAGUUACAGUAGCGCAUGCUAUUCUAACCGAGUGUAUACUUAAGUACGGCGUAAUGACUCAGCUCAUCUCCGACAAUGCUUCCUACUUUAAGGGCGAGCUGGUAUCAGAAAUUGGCAGACUUUUACGCAUAAGUAGAUAUUUUGCCACCCCAUACCACCAUGAGGUUGCUGCGUCUGAUGAACCGAUGGAGCGCGGAUCAUCCAUCCUCUCCGAAUCUAUUGACGCAGUUUCCGACCAGUCCAUGUCCCUCGCUCGGAUGUCUCUCGAAGAGCCAUGCAAUGUUCCAGAAGUCAUGGACGUUACACCCGCAUCGGCACGAAUGCAGCCUUCUAAUGCUUCGCAGUCCUCCUCCGGCGUCUCUAGGAGGGACUCUGAUACACCUCAGGCCUCUCCACCAGCAGACCCUGCUUCACAUCCCAACGUCGGGGAUCACAAGGAAUGGCUUGAGGAUCGCCUUGAUCGGUUUGACAACUAUGUUCGUGAUCCCAGAUCAGCAAAGAAGCGGAUGGCUCAGCUUUUUCAAGCUGCUUGCUCAGCGAUCGCUGCACUUGAAUCAGACAGCGACGAGCCUUGA